GACUUUCAGUCUGUCUCGCGUUCCUGAUUUCGUCUCUCGUCGUAUGAAUGUCGGAGGGGAACAGCCGAUCACAAAAAUACCGACGACCUCGUGAGGGGAAAGCCCUCUGUGCUCUCUCCCUGCAAACCGAUGCAGAUGGAGUCAGUGAGGAUUAAAAUGGCGGUGUGGCUGGUGCAGUGGUAGCAGUGCCUGAAAAUCGUGAAAGAUAUCACGGUGUCAGUAGGUUGGUAGAUAGGUGGAGGGGGGAUUAAGGGUGGUUAACCCUGGGAAGGACAUGGAUCAGAGCCUGUCAUCAACAGUGCGACGUCGUGGUCAUCAGCAUCAUCCCCGACACACGACACGUCGUAGAUUGGACAUAACAGGAGGCAGAGGACCCGCGCAGUGUGGCCCUGUCACCUCAUCCUCUGAUGGAGGUCAUCCUGAGAGAGAUCAUCACCGACAACAACUUGACGACACAUUGGAUCACCCAGAUGUGAGGGUUCAACAGCUGGAUGUCACUGGGUCUAAUCACCUGGUGAGAACAAUCCAGAGGUCCGCGCAGUGUGACCUGUCCAACGAUAUCAGUGAUAUCAGUGAUAACAAUGAUAUUCAUGACAUCAAUGUCAAUUUUGACAGCCAGUGUCAUAGGUCGAACAAGUUGGGUGAUAUCGGGGCUGAUAAGCAGGACGAGGAUGAUAAGAAUGAUAAUGAUGAGAGGGAGGGGAGGGAUAAGUGCGAGGAGAGGGAUAAGAAUUAUAAGAAUUCACCCAAGAGAAUGUCCAGGACGAGGAGAAAAGAGUGCAGCCCUGAGCCUGAGCACGCGGUCGCGAGGGCAAGGGGUGAUGGACAUUCCGAUGAUGAGGGAGUUGUUGAGGAGGAUCUCGAAAUACUCGAACUUGCUAAACUCAGAUGUCCCAGUGAACGCACUGAGGUCCAGGCUGAGAGAGAGGCCAGGAGGCGAAAACGAUGUGCUGAUUAUCCAGGUCUUGCCUUUGGAUCCAGCAUCUUCUCCAGCGAUACCAUGAUGAAGUUCAGUCUUAUCAGGAAUGAACUGCAGAAUAUUAUGGGAAAUCAGCUGAAGAGGGCUGAGUCUGAGGUUGCAGCCCUCAAUCGUCGCAUCCAGCUCCUUGAGGAGGACCUCGAGAGGUCUGAGGAACGUCUUGCAACCGCUACUGCCAAACUUGCUGAGGCUUCCCAGGCCGCCGAUGAGAGCGAACGGAUACGCAAGGCCCUUGAAAAUCGCACGAAUAUGGAAGACGACCGGGUUUCUGCCCUGGAGCAACAGCUGGUUCAGGCCAAGCUGAUCGCCGAGGAGGCAGACAAGAAGUACGAGGAGGUCGCCAGGAAGCUAGUCAUGAUGGAACAGGAUCUUGAGAGAGCUGAGGAGAAGGCUGAACUCUCGGAAACGAAAAUCGUCGAACUUGAGGAGGAGCUUCGUGUCGUUGGUAACAACCUGAAAUCCCUUGAAGUAUCAGAGGAGAAGUUGACACAGAGGGAGGAAAAUUACGAGGGACAGGUUAAGGACUUGAGCAGCUCGCUAAAAGAGGCUGAAGCCCGUGCUGAGUUCGCCGAGAGAUCGGUUCAGAAGCUCCAGAAGGAGGUCGACAGGCUCGAGGACGAACUCGUUGGCGAAAGGGAGAAAAACAAAUUGCUACAGGAGGAAAUGGAGGCGACCCUGCAUGACAUCCAGAACAUGUAGAUCCGGUGUUCCAAUGUGAUCUUACAGAUCCCCCCCUUCCCAAUUGCAUUAUCUAUCUUUCUUUUUUUUCUCGCGCUGAAUAAUGGUGCAACGCCUUAAACAUUAAACCGGACAAUGAGCAGUCGUAGGCCCCAGUCUCCUCAUUAUCGAAAAAAAUAUCUCCACCGAUGGAUGUGAUGAGUGAAUGAUUUUUGAGUGCCUGUGAAUAUUAAGGAAUCGUGAAUACUGAAAUCAAUUGGUAUGGGGCAAUAGUUUGGUUAAGAAUUAUAAGAGACUUUCGUUUCUUUCUGUUUUCUGAUAACAUUCCGAGUUUCGUGACGGCUCAAUAUCCUAUCGUGGAGUACAAUUUAUGGGUAUUUACGAGACAUCGCGAAUCGAUUUUUCAGGCCGGGUGAGAUUUAUAAUGAUGAGACGUUUAAUUGCGGAAUUAUUUAGUUUGUGGAGUUGAAUAAUUAAUGAGAGGUACUUUGGUCGAUGGGUUUUUGAGAAUAUCUUGGGAUCUGAUGGAGAUGGAGGAAAAUUUCGUGGGACCUUUUUUGUGAGUAUUUUCAUGUUCUACAAAAAAUGUCCAAUGAAGAUUCCGCUAGCUCUAACGAGUCUCGAGAUAUUAACUAAAAAACGUGGAAAACACUAGAUUGCAGUUCGACAGCAGUUGGCGUAAUUUGCACUUUUUUUUUGAUUAAUUUUUUUUCUUCCAUUGAAUUGCAUUUUCCUUCGAUUACUGCCGAAAAUUCAAUAGUUGAUUGAUCUAUAAUUGAUCUAUAAUUGGAGAAUUCUAUAGAAUUUUCUGUUUCAGGAUGAAGUGCAUUCCAAAUUUUUCGCAUGAUUAUUUCUAAAGAUGAGAGUUAAAAUCGUUUAUGCUUUUUUUUCUGUUGAGAUUCUCAAGAUUUUUAUUAUCAACUGAUACCAAAUCGAGGACUUGUGGACGAAUACUAGACGAAAUAGAUAAAAUUCACGAAUAACUAGAUCGCGGAUUGAGGAUUCGCAAGAAAGCGAGAAGAAUUUUAUCGAUCGAUCGUUUUAUUUUACUCGAUAUUGAUUUUCCACUCGUCAAUGACCAAUUAAAAAACAUCAGGGGACCGAAUUGAUUGAAAUGAUAAUUGUAAAUGCGGAAAAUUAAUGGGAGUAAAAACACAGACAGAAUAAAUCACUUGAGUUUAUUAAUGAUAGUUUAUUAUUAUUAAUUAACUUGAUAUUACUGAGGAAACGAAUGAAUU